AUGGACGCCGACGUCCCAAAGAGCGGACAUGAGUCUCUCCCUUCAACCGCGCCUACCGAACGAACUUCCAUGAUGUCCCGAGACCCAGGACCUGAGACCCCCAAGAUGGCUCACGAUUCUAUGGUUACGGUUCGCCUCUCAGAGCCCGAGUCCAUCGUACUAGAUUCCCCCGUCGCCACCACAGGCCUUGAUACAAAUCAAUCGACGCCGACCAAGGUUCCAGCCUCCGACGAAGUCUCCGUCUGCGAAACCCCCGAACCCAGCCUGAAGCGGACCGACACGAUCGAAGAAGUCGACGAAGAAGACGAAGGUGUCAAGACUCCGAGUAAGGAAGAGGCAGCAAACACGGGAACCCCUCGUGAAUCCUCACCGACCAUGCCACCACCCAUCCUUACGACCCGAUCCCUGCGGGAGGAGCUUGCUGACGAUGGUCACGUUUCGGAUGACCAGGAAGAGGUGAACUGGGAGCAACUGGAGAAGACAGAAGAUGAGCAGACCAAAGAUGAAGAGACGGAUAACUCGACGGCACUGUUGUUGGCCCGGCUUGAACAGGAGAAUGCAAAGCUGGCUACGAACCCAAAGAGCGUCAAAGUCCAAGCCGUAGACCGCGCCACUGCGGAGCGCAGUGCGGUCAGCAAACCUCGCCCGCCCUCCAUGGCCCAGCUUCGACAGAUGGUCCAGGGACCGACGCCCCCUGCUUUGCGGUACUCGAUGCUCCCUCCGCCUCCCAUGACAGACCUCGAGUUCUACGCCGCCCUGGUCAAGGAUUAUCAGCAGACAGCCGCCCGGCUACCGACGCUCCUCUCAAAUAAGAUCCGCAAGGGCAUCCCGCCGCCGCUGCGUGGGGUGGUAUGGCAGAGCAUGUCCGGGGCCCGGGACGCCGCGUUGGAGGAACAGUAUGACCGCUUCUGCGGUGAAUCUAGCCCUUAUGAGAUUAUCAUUGGCAAGGACCUGGGCCGAAGCUUCCCAGGAGUAGACAUGUUCCGCGACCCUGAGGGCGACGGUCAGCGUAUGCUUGGCCGCGUCCUCAAGUGCUUCAGUCUCUACGACACCAAGAUCGGUUAUUGCCAGGGGCUCGCCUUUCUGGUCGGCCCAUUGCUGAUGCACAUGCCCGACAAGCAGGCCUUUUGUGUUCUGGUCCGCCUCAUGGAGCGAUAUGACCUGAGGGCAUGCUUCCUCCCUGAUCUCUCUGGCCUCCACGUCCGCAUCUACCAGUUCAAGGAGCUGCUGAGGCAGAGCCUGCCGGUGCUGUCGAAUCACCUCGACGACCUCCAGGUGGACCCUGCCUAUGUCUCUCAAUGGUUUCUGAGCUUCUUCGCCGUGACCUGCCCCUUGCCGAUGCUGUUCCGCAUCUACGAUGUUAUCUUUGCCGAGGGCGCUUCAGAGACAUUGAUGAGAGUCGCGCUAUCCCUAAUGCGGAAGAAUGAGGCGCGACUAUUGGCUUGCACUGAGAUGGAGGAUGUGAUGCAGCUUCUUCUGUCCCGUGGCCUUUGGGAUUGCUACCACUACAACGCCGAUGAGUUUGUCCAGGACUUUGUCGGUUUGACAAGCGUUGUGACAAGGGAAAACAUGCAGCAGCUGGAGCAAAGCUACCGGGAAUCCAAGACGGCCACCGCCAACCCUGUUCGGGGAUCCGAGAUAACCACUGCAGCUAGCCGGUUCCUGGGUCGUAUCUGGGCAACCUCCACAACCAGCCUGUCACCCAAGUCGACCAACCUGAGCCCAGGACACACGGCGCCCGCAAGGCCGCUAAGCAUGCUGCGCCGCAGUGCCUCGAAGCAGAGUCUCGCAUCAACACUAAACUCCAUGGAGGCCAGCUCAGCAAGCGUCACCAGCUCGACGUCGACAGACGCCACCACUGUCUCGAGGGAUUCUUCCAAUACCGAGGAUGGAGGUAUCGUGCGCGAGUCGACUCCAGUCGGCACCAAGUCCAUGAUCGCUCACAAGAACCUUGACGAGCGUAACCUGCACGGCCAGAUUGAGGACUUGUUGACGGCUCUGAGCGAGCUGCAGCGCAACCAUGCACUCCUGUCGAACCAGCUUCAGCGAGAGCGUGAGGAGCGACAGGAGGAUCGUAAGGCGGUUCAGUCGCUUCUCAAUGGCCUGAGGCGGAAGGCAAGCCACGACUCGUCGUCAACUGAGUCGAGCGGUCCUCGAGUCACAGUCUCGUCGGUAGACAACAAGGAGCAAGAUCCGGAAGACGAGACCGACGAGACCAAGGAGCCCAAGGAGCCCAAAACACCAGUAUCUGAAGAAAAGGAUCAAUCCAAACAGGAAAAGACCCAAGAAGACUCCCCUUCUACUCAGGACCUGGAGAAUCUGCUUGACAUGGUGGAGCGUCGGUUCCAGACUGAAGAGGAGAAGCGACGGUCCUCGAUGCUCAUAUCGAAAGCGCAGCUGCGUGAAGAGUUAUCUCAUGCCAAGGAUCAACUCGCUGGUGCCAUGUCGCAAUCGCAAGAGUACAGCCGUCAGAUUCAUGACCUGAACCAAGAGAUGUCAACGAUCAAAGAGCAACUCCGUGAGAGCCAUGCCCAUGUCAGAACUCUCCACCAAGACAAGCAAAGGCUAGAGAAGCAGAUGCAUGGCUUGAAGUCUCGAGUGUCGGCCAGCUCGGCUCAUGAGUCGAGUAGGGACCCAGAGGCGGACCGCAGCAGCAAGGCGAGUGGAGUUGGUCUGCGAGAGUUCAAGCUUGGCCGCAGCAAAUCGACACCAUCGCAGUCCGAAAGCGAGCCCGCGCCGACAAGCAAGUUCAACAAGCGAAUAUCGUCUCUGCCGCGGGGCCAUGAAGCUGUGCCAAUGGUGACCACGACAGCGCCUGGACCAUCACCAAGUGAACAUGAGGCUUUGCUCGUGGAGCUCGUUCAGGCCAAGACGGCCGAGGCCGUGGCCAAGCAGGAGGCAGAGGAGGCUCGGCAGAAGCUGGAGGCUCUGCGGAGAUCUCACGGACUGGGCCGUGUCGAAUCGUCGCACGGCUCCUCGGCAUCGCAAUCCGGAUCCGGAGGCGUGUUCGGCCUACUUACCGGUCACGGGAUGGGCCACGGAGUUGCUUCGGCAAACGAGCCCCCGGCAGCUAAGCCGGCACUGGCGAAUUCAGGAUCGCCAGCAGCAUCCGGAGGAGGGUUCUGGGGCUGGCGGAGGUGA